GAUCAUUCAUUUUGUUUUCAGACCGAUAGAGCGCUUUGAUCGGGAAAGGCCAGUGAGAGGUCGUGGAGGAGGAAGAGGUGGGAUGCAGGGCAGAGGCCGAGGUGGUGGAAUGAACAGGACCUUCAAUGGCUUUGAUCAAAGAGGGAAGCGGGAAUUUGAUCGGCAGAGUGGGAGUGACAAAACAGGAGUCCGUGCAGAAGAUAAAAGGGGUGGAAGUGGACCACGUAACUGGGGAGCUGCUAAGGAUGAUCUGAGUGAGCUGGAACAGACUGCUCCUAUGGAAGAGACUGCAGAAACAGAAGACACCCCAGGAGCACCUGAGGGAGAACCUCCAAUGAAAAUUGCUGAAGGAGAGCCAGUGGAAGAAGUAGUUCAAGAGAUGACGUUGGAUGAGUGGAAAAAUCUUCAGGAACAAAGUCGACCAAAGCCUGAGUUCAACAUCCGGAAGCCUGAAACCACUGUUCCAUCCAAAGCAGUGGUAAUUCACAAGUCAAAAUAUAGAGAUGAUGUGCUGAAGGAAGAUUUUGAGGAUGAUUCUCACUUUUCCCGAAAAGCAGCAAAUGACAUCACUUCUCAGCUGGACAUUAACUUUGGGAAUCUGCCUCGUCCUGGACGAGGAGCCAGAGGAGCACGAGGUGGUCGUGGGCGUGUCCGAAGAGUUGAGGACUCAGGGCCAAGACCAGAAGUGAUGAUGCACAUCACUGCUCCAAACCCAGAUGACCCUGAGGAUUUUCCUGCUUUGUCUUGAAAGAACUCAAUGACACCUCCAAAAAUAGCUGUGGAGAUACUAUGUUGCUGUAGAAGAGAAUCAUCCGAGUCUACAGAGAGAAAUGACUUUUGUGUGUGAAUUUUGCACUUCUGUGUGUUAAGACAUACCCAGUGGGUUUGGAGGCAAGUUCCAGUACCACUGUUUUUGGAUUAGCUGUGUGAAGGCUUAUGGUAUCAUACAUGAGGAAUUUCAAAUAAAAAUUCAGGAUGAUGGUGUCAAACAGGUACAGAUGGAUGAGUCUUUGUCCCUUUUAUCACAAAUGUAAGCAUACAAGGUGGUUUGUUUGGGGACAGCAAACCAUAGAUGUUUGGACUACUUGUUCUCUGAUUUCAUUGAGUGAAUUAUACCUUUGCCAUACUUGUUACUGCAUAAUUUUCAGAAGUUGGGCAAUAAAACAAGAUGCUCUCACUGGAUGAGGUCAGGGGUGCUAUUUUUAUAUCAUUUAUUUUUUAAUCAUUUAAUACUGGAAGCUGCAAACUGUAGAUUUUUGUAGUUACAAUUUGGAAGUUAAAGUUUAUUUGAAGAAUGAGGUAAGUUACAAAUAAAUCAUAGAAUGAAUAGUAUUUUGGAAGAAAAGUUGGCAAACUAUGGAAUGGCUUGCUUUCUCACUAGUUGAUUUUCAUAUGUAUGGAAAACUUUUUAUCAGGAAUACUUGAUUAAAAUAGUAAUUCUUCAUAGAACAGCAUUAAAUAGAAUAAAUUUUAGGGAAACCAUAAACCUGAUACUUGUAUCCUCCACCUGCCACACCUUGCCACACCAAAGUUCAAUUGCAUUCUUAAUUUAUCAUUGUAGAAUCUUCUUAAUGUAUUGGUUUGCUAUUAGCUUGAACAUUUUGUACAUCACAGACAAAAAGCAUAGUUUAGAUCUUUAAAAGACCCAUGGUAAAGCAAUUUAUGCUUGUGGUGUCGUAUGUGGACAUUGUAUCAGGGUGCAAAAUGUCGCAUCAAAGCUCAAUUUGUACCAUUUUAUCAAUCUGUGACUUGACUCAGCUUCUCCCCUAAGCCUGCUUCACCAACCCGUUGGUGCUUCUGCAGGAGUGCUGGCAGGUUUGGAUCUGCAGGUGGCCAUGCCUGGCAUGUUCAUUGAUUGAAGGUCUUAAUGCAUGGCUUAUGGUUGACUUGGUUCAUUUGAUAUACAAAGUUGAUUUUUCAGCAACAAAGAACGUUAGAAGUACUAUCUUGCAAAGGAUGAAUGGGUGGAGUCAAGUUGUGGGUUAAAAGGUACCAAAGAGUGUGUCCCCCAAGGUACCAUCUGGCCUGUAAGGCCACAAGCAUGGGAAGCUAUACUUUGUUCUGUAGCUAUAUCCAGUUCCCCAUAUUGCUGUAUAAGGAGUUAAAUGAUGGGAAGAAUGCACAAUAGUACCUGUUGGCACUUUCUUAAAGAAGCUGCAUAUUUUCCUGGGAUUGCACAACUGAUAAUUUAUGGAAAAGACAGCAGCUUUUGGUUUAAGGAGUUGCUGAAAGGCGUUACCUGCGUACCCAUGCAUAAGCUGAAGCACCUUUCCUUUGAAUCAGAUGUGCUACACAGCCCCCAAUUAAGUGUUUUCCACAUUUGGGUAGUCUCGUAUAAGCAAUAGAUUUUAUUUGUACACAUUUCUCUUACAAGUUAGUCCAGAUUUAUAUAAUCCAAUUACACUGAUGAAAAAUACAUACUAUCAAAUUAAAAUUUAAACACAGUAUCAAGUUUAUCCCUGCUAUACAUUAACAAAAUAAUUUGAUCUGAGCAGUAUUGAUUAUACCACAUGGUUUGAACAAAUUAUUUGUACAUGUUUUGAAGACAGUACAUAUAAAACCUAAAAACUUGUAACUGGGACCUACAAGUAACAACUCUGAAAGUUUUGUUUUAAGCUUUUCCACAGCAUGGCUGUCAAUAUAGCAAUGAAUAUUUGGGUACAACUUUAUUUUAAAUUGAUGGAAAAUAAAUUGUGCUAACCAGUAUGGAAUCAUAAUAGUUCCAUGUGAGUAUGUAAAUGAAUCAGACUAUUUAUUUUGCUUAUCCAUUACAAAGAAAGUUUAAGAACUGGGAGCCUUUGGUUUACAAGCCUAAAAAAAUUAAAUAUAUCUUUUGACUUCUAAAACACCUAAAUAUUGAAUAUUUUUCUGGCCUGAUACUAGUACUCUUCUACCUAGAACUAAAUCUAAGAGAUGGUUUAAUGCAUUUAACUUAUACCUUGCCUUUCUAUCAAAAAAUGACAUUCUGUGGGAGCACUGCUUUUUCAGUGGUAGACUGGCUCAACAUGAUUGUGACCAUUUAAGAAUGGCUUUGCAUGGUUGAUUUGUGUAUAUAUCAUUAACAACUCAGUCAGUGGUUUCAUAUUCAAAUAAUCUUGGUUCUCAUAUCUAAAAUAGCAGAUGUUGCAAUUCUGUGCAUAUAUAACAAGUAACUACUGUUGGUACUAGUAAAGCUUCUGAGCCAAAAUAUAAAUAGAUUUCCUCCAUGCUAAUCAGAGCAUUCUGAGCUGCCUUGACACUUAGUAACCAAGAUUGAGGGAGGUAGAAACAAGUGGUAUGUAUACAUACACUCCCAAAUAAUAACUAUAUUCUAUCACAAACCUUUUAAUCUGAGGUUCAAGCAUAAUCCUAUCAAGAAUAAACUGGUAAAUGGCACUUAACAGUUAUUCACAUAUCUAUGGCAACUGAAAUAACGUUUUGUAUGCUGACUAUAAAUUAGCAUAGUUUUAUGAGAUGGCUAGAAAUGAUUGAGUUUACAGAAUUAGGAAUGGGUAUUGCAUAAACAAACAGUAACUGGCUAUUAAGGGGGGAAUUUAGCAAAUAAUUGAGAUAUAGGUAAGUGAAUCUUUUGUCCUUCAUGAUACAGAAAUAAUUGGUGGAAGUAGUUUAUCAACAAUCAUGAAAGUGACAUCUAUCUCAGUUCAUGUACCAAAUGUCUAUUUGAACUUUAAUCCAUCAGGUGCACAAAUUAAAAUACCGUGACUCUUGCUGCUUGAAUUUUAGGAUGUAGGCCAAAUAAAAUCUCAAAUGUUGAACAAUGAGGCUGAUUUGAUUGUUUGAGGUCCUGUUAGAACAAAUAUUAAUUUAACUGAUUUGAAAUCACACCAUCUUGAAAAAUCUCCUGCAAAAUACAGGAAACACUCUAAGGUAGGAUAUAUUUAUUAAGAUCAAAGUCAGUAUCUGUAUUGUUAGUGAAAAUAGCAUGAACAAUACAGAAAUACUUCUGAAACAACAAAAUCCGUACCAAACGUGAUCCUGGAACUUCCUGUUAAAUGUAGGUUACAUUUUAUAAAGCUGACUAAAAUCAAUUGUUAAGGGACUAUGUGAGCAUGUCCUUCAGUAACCAUGUGGCAUUCACUUUCAUGGUGGAUGAAGUAGAACAAGAUUAAACCAAUCAAAAACUUCAUGUAUUCCAAUAAAUAUAAAUGAAGAACUCUUGUCUAUAACGCAACUGCUGUUAAGUAAAUGAGCUAUAACUGAAUGGCAAAGAAGCUCCUGUAUAAGCAACCUAAAUCUUUAAAAAUAAACACCAAAUAUAGGUUUAAUUUCAUAAGUGAAUGUCUGCACAGAAUGAUCUAUAGUAAGCUUCCUUAUUAAAAAAAGUGUCAUGACCAAUAUUGGUUUGUGUUGGAUUCUUCUUAGAAAAUCAGCAAUGAAGGGGAAAAAAAUGACUACAGCCCAUUAAACAUGAUGAUAAAGAGUUCAUAGUGAGGAUUUAAGUUCAAACUACACCACCAAAUCUGGAGAAUGACAUACUGGGCAACAGAUUGGACAAGGGCAAUCUACAUACCAACACCAAAGGAGACUUAACAGAGUAUGCAAAUUGAAAACUAUGCUGUUUGUAUACAGCACACUUAUUUUAGGGAAAGUUAGGCAAUAACAAAGGCAGACUAUAGGACUGUAUAGUCUAGGAUACUGAAAUGAAUCAGGAAAACUUACAAUUUCUGCCAGUCUAAUUACAACUUCAUGCUAACACAUUCCUCGAACAACCAAAACAAAGUCUGUAUACAUGGACGUUAUCAGAUGAAUUACAUAGAAAUCAAUUUGACUACGUUACUGGUUCAAGGUGGUGGAAGAGUUGUGUGAGAACAGCAAAGUCAUAGCCAAGGACUGAUUAUGGAACUGAUAACAAACAACUCAUAUGCAAGUUCCAAGUCAAGCUAAAGUGGAAGAAAACCAACCAGUUUCAAUAAUACAAUCUUGAGCAUAUUCCUACCAUUUUCAAGAACAGGAAUUGUCUGAAGCCCAGAACCUCAUUGAUAGGGAACCAGAGAAAUUGUGGAAUGAAAUUAAAGAAGUUGUUAAGGAUGAAUAUGAAAAGAGACUGCCAAAAAUCAAGUGACAGAAGAAACCAAACUGGAUGUGAGAAUAAAUGGCAGAAACUGCCAAGAGAAAAGAAGCCAAAGCCCAGAAAGAUAAAGAUCUCAGGAAGGAACUUAACACAUUUUAGAGGGCUGUUAGAAGAGGCAAGCAAUAUUAUAGCAAUAUCUGUAAAGACAUUGGACAGAGACAAGAAAAAACACAGAAGUCUCUGAACUCAAAAGGAGGUUCCAACCUUGAACUGGUAUGCUAAGAGAUGCCAAUGGACAGGUAGUAACUGAUACAAACAGGAUCAAAGGAAGCUGGAAGAAGCAUACUGAAAUUCUGUACAGUAGAAAUGUCAAUAUCCAUGAUACUUUAGAAAACAUUCCCUAUUUAUAAAAACCUCUAGUACUAGAAGAUGAGGUUAGAUCAGCACUCCAGUCAUUACCAAGUUGGAAGGCUACUAGAAUUGAUGGAAUAACUGUAGAAAUAAGGCAAGCAAUAGAAGAAUCAAUCAAGAUUCUAAACAAACUACACCAACAAAUCUGGAGAAUGACAUACUGGGCAACAGAUUGGACAAGGGCAAUCUAUAUACCAAUACCAAAGGACACUUAACAGAGUAUGCAAACCUAUCAUACGAUAUUGUUGAUUUCAUGUGAAAGCAAAAUAAUGCUUAGGAUCUUCCAACACAGAUUACAGCCCUACACGAAAAAUAAAAUUCCAAAUGUUCAAGCGGAUUUUUAAAAAAUCCAAGGACCGAGGGACAUUAUUGUUGAUAACUUCUAGAUAAUUGAGAAAGUCAAAGAAUAUCAAAAAGAAGUCAAUACAUGUUUCAUUGAUUAUAAAAAGUCCUUCAAUUGUGUCAAACAUAUCAAGCUGUGGAAUGGCCUUCAAAAAUUGGGAAUCCCGGAAUAUCUCACUGUUCUUGUGCAAAACCUAUAUACAAGAUAGGAAGCCACAGUAUGAAAACAUGGUGAAACAGACUGGCUCCAGGUUAGUAAAGAAGUGAGAAGGCUGUAUACUCUGUCAUUUAUUCAACCCACAUGUUAAGGGAGGCUGGAUUGGAAGAUGGGUGUGGUUUCAAAACUGGAGAAAGAAACAUCAAUAACCUGCACUAUGCUGAAAAUGCAAAUGAUCUGUGAGCUCUGGUAAUGAAAGUCAAUGAACACAGUGAAAAAAAUGGAACUAAGAUUAAAGAAGACUAAAUAACAGAUGGAACAAACAGCCUUAAAAUUGACAAUGAAGAUAGUCAAUGAAAUGGUGGAUAGCUUUUGCUUUUUAGGAUCAACUAUCAAUAG